AUGGCUGCAUACAAGCGUCUGUUGGUUCAGACAGAAGUGACUUCAUCAAGCUCUGGAAACUGCUCCCAAGACAUAGUCUCAAUUCUAAAUCCAACAACUACAGGAGCUUUGGUAGGUGAAAGCAGCAUGCUUACUGAUAUGCGCAGAUCGUCAAUCCUGCAGGCCGACGACCACAACUAUACCCAUCGCAUUGACUGCCCAGAAAGCCUGUCAGCUUUUGUCGGUGCUGUAGUGCCGUACAUUGCAGGUUUCGUCGUUAAGAAAGUUCGUUCAACGAUAACAUGUGAACUGUGCAUCGCAGCCCUGCACUCGGAUGAACUGGCACCUUUAAUUAGGCAAAAGAGCCGAGGUGGACUUAUUUCACCAUCACAAGACGUCGUUGGCCUGUGUGAAGCAGUUGAAAAGGGGCUGCGACGGCUACAGGCAGAAUAUGAUACUAUUAAAAUGGUGACGGUAAGGUCAAAACACCUCAUCCUUGAAGUCCUGGGCACCUGCACAGAGAAAAAUUGGUUCCAGAAACUGGAGGACCACAUCCUUGAUCUUGAUCCACUUGAUAACCAUAUUUAUAUCUUGUGCAAAAAAAUCGCUGAAGAAUAUAUAAAAGUGAGAAUACACCACAUGACGAAAGAACGAAACCGUGAACUGAUCAAAAACAGAGUGAGACCACCUUUGUCGAGGGUGAUUAUUUUCAAUCACCAGUAG